AUGGAUAGAUGCACCGAGGUUAAAUCGCUACUGAAAAAAUGGGAGGCUUUGUUUCUUCAAGAGCACCAGAGGAGACCAAACAAGGCUGAUGUUGAAGAAGCUCCUGAAGAGAUUAAAAAAUUGUACAGAGAGUACAAAACGCUGAAGCAAGACAGAGGCCCUGAAUCGGAAGCGAUCAGCGAACAGAGAACACAAGAUCCUCUUGCUGCUGAACAGCCACCUGACUCAGGUUCUUGGGGUGCACACCUGAAUCGAAGCAAGAUGGUUCCUAAACUGACCCCACAAGACCGAGACGCGCUCCAACUUUCUGUGCAGUAUUUUGGGAUGAAGCUGAAACACAACUUGGGAACAGCGAUUAAGCAGCUGAAACAGACGGUGACCAAGCGGCUGAGCAGCCUGGAUGCUGGCUGGCUGGACAGGUGCCAAGGGGCAGGACUGCCUCCUGCAGAGGGUCUGAGAGGAGACGGCUGUCCUGGGGGAAUCAGUGGGGCCGCUCAAGGCCAGGGAUCACCAGAACACAAGUCCUCGGAGACCCUUCCCCUCUCCCACAGUGGGGAGAGAGAGCAGGUAGCGUAUCGUCAUCAUUCCCCCGGAGGACAAGAUCCAGAAGACCUGAAAAAGAAGCCCAUCUGCUGUGCUGAAGACAGAUGUGUGCAGGAGAGCCAAACUGUAGGCAUGAUCCCUAAUGAAGAAGCAACAACUGGAUGCAACAACACUGUAUCUUCCUCGGUCAAGUAUGCCCAUAAUAACCAGGUUGCCACUCAGCAGAUGGAGAUACAGCUUCUGGAAGCAAAGACGGAAAGUGCUCUUAGUGGAGCAGACGACAGGCAUCGCCCUAACAAGAGAGAUAAAGCCUCUUGCCGGAAAGACCUACGGGAUACGGUCGCUCACACGGGAGGCACUACGGACCGUUCCAAAGGUGGCAACUCAGGCGUGAAGCGCAAGAGAGCUACAGAACUAGCUAGGGAGAGCCCAGCCAAAAAACAGUGCGGUGUCGCACAAAAGCACGGGCUCAGCGAAUAUGACUUCGACUGUCAGGAUGCUGCAGAGGAGCAAGAGGGAAAAGGGACAGCUGCCCCCGUUUACUCAGAAAACCUGCUUGGGGAGGUGGAGGAGGAGCGUCCCGAGCGGAGUGGGCGGUCCAGCAUCCCCACUCACAGGGCACCGUCCAAGAAAGUUGGCAACUUUGUCCGUCUCAACCUCAAGAAGAAAUCUCACGUGAAAGGAUAUGCCUUGAAAGGAAGGCUGCUGCGGAAGCAGGUAUGGAAGCAGAAGUGGCAGAAAAAGGGAGAGCAGUUUGGAGGAGGAGGAGGAGGAGGCCGGCACCUAGACCGGAGCUGCGAUACCUGCUUCAGAUGCGGAGGGCUGGGUCACUGGGCUUCACAGUGCAAGGGGAGAGCGGCAGAACAGCUCCCAGCUAGCGGUGACCCCCAACAGGAGGGAAGUGGCCAUACAGCAGAAGAGGAGGUGCCGCUGCUCACCCUGGAAGAAGUGGCCGAGAUGACCAACACGGCCUACUGCAAGAUCCCAGCCGGUCAUUGUGAGAGCAGCCCAGGAGCUCCGAAACAGGAGGAGGAAGAGGGGUACCUGCAUGUGCUGAGGCCCGUGUGCAAUCUUCCCCCUCCGCCUGCACCACUGCAGCCUCUCUACAAGCUGGGACAAGACGGGAAGGUGAGAGAGACCCCUCCGGAAGUGCUCCACGCUCUGUCUGAACUGGGCUACGACUCCUUCCGGCCAGGACAAGAAGCAGCGGUGAUGAGGAUACUCUCAGCACCACCCUUUGUAGCUUCUCUGUGGACAGCUCCCUGCACGGCAGUGCCGUCGCAGGGGCUGCAGCGGUUGAAAUCGCACAGACCUGGGAAAGCGCAGGAAGGUUGGAAUGUUUCUGGUCUCCCCCAGCGCCUUAAAGCAGUCUGCGUACACUCCAAUAUGUCCAAGACCCAGAGAGAGACUGCUAUGGACAGGGUGAAGGCCGGGAAAGUCCACGUGCUCCUGCUGUCCCCCGAAGCCUUGGUUGGGGGCGGCGUCUCUGGCUCCAGCUGCCUCCCCUCCGCGGAUCAGCUCCCCCCGGUGGCUUUUGCCUGCAUCGACGAAGCCCACUGCGUCUCCGAGUGGUCCCACAACUUCCGCCCUUGUUACUUGCGGCUCUGCAAGGUUCUUCGGGACCGCUUGGGCGUGCGCUGCUUCUUGGGCCUCACGGCCACUGCCACGGUGUCCACAGCACAGGACGUGGCUCAUCACCUCGGCAUCCCAGAGGGCGAGGGGAUCACUGUGCGCUCUGCGGCUGUCCCGCCAAACCUACAUCUGUCUGUUUCUACAGACAGAGACAAGGACCAGGCCCUAGUGAGCUUGCUGCAAGGGGAGAGGUUUGGGAGCUUAGACUCGGUGAUCGUUUACUGCACGCGCCGGGAGGAAACCACUCGGAUCGCGGCACUGAUCCGCACGUGUCUCCAGGGUGUCAAGAUGAAGGAACCCGCAAAUGCAGAGGAGGAGGAGGAAGAUGACGACGACGCUGGGAGGAGGAAAAAAGCAAAGGCUAAAAAGAGCAUUCGCCGUCCCUUGAAAUGGAUCGCCGAUGCCUACCACGCCGGAAUGUCUGCGGCCGAGCGCCGUCGUGUGCAGAACAACUUCAUGUCUGGCCAGCUGCGGGUUGUGGUGGCCACGGUGGCCUUUGGCAUGGGGCUGGACAAGUCCGACGUGCGCGGCGUGGUGCACUACAACAUGCCCAAGAACUUUGAGAGUUACGUACAGGAGAUUGGGCGGGCAGGACGAGAUGGCAAGUCAGCCCACUGCCACCUCUUCUUGCAUCCAGAGGGUGAGGAUCUGCACGAGCUGAGGAGACACAUCUAUGCGGAUACCGUUGACUACUUGGCCGUGAAGAGGCUGGUGCAAAAGGUGUUCCCUCGCUGCAAGUGUCGGGACCUUCACCAGAAACAGCGGGAGCUGAACAAGGGCCAUGAAGUGGAGGAUGUGGAUAUGCUGGCUGUUUUGGAAGCAAGGGGGGAGGAAGCGCUUCACCUGGGGGAAGAAAAGCCAAGAGUGUGUCACAGACAUGAGAGGGCCAUCCCCAUUCAGCAGACGGUGGAGGCCCUGGACUUCCGAGAGGAAGGCAUAGAGACGCUUCUGUGUUACCUGGAAUUGCACCCUUGGCACUGGGUGGAACUGCUGCACCCCACCUUCUCCGUGUGCCAGCUGGUGUGCUAUGGUGGCCCUCAAGAGCUGCGGGCAGUAGCCCAAAGGUGCCCCCCUCUGGCAGUCUGCCUGGCCCAGCAGCACCUCGAAGGGAUCGAUCUCACUCACGCCAGUUCCGUGGAGUUUGACGUCGUUGAGCUGGCUGACUCCAUGGGCUGGGAGGUCCUGCCUGUGAAACGCGCUCUCCGCCAGCUGCAGUGGAACACGCCGCUACAGAACGGUUCCUAUGCGCCUGGUAAGAGCAGGGUCCUGGUGGAGUUCAGUGAGCUCUCCUUCUACCUGCGCUCCUAUGGCGACCUCUCCGAUCAGGAACUGGACUCCGUAUGUGACGUCCUGCACGGCCGAGUUGUGGGCCGUGAAAAGGCUGCUCUCCGCCAGCUCCAGCUUUGCUUCCAAGCCUUCCAGAGCGUGGCUUUCCGGUCCAGCGCCUUGUGCUGUGACUGUGGGGAUGAGGAGAGGAGCUCCCGACUGAAGGCCCUGCUGAUGGAUUAUUUCGAGAAGGCGAUGAUGCCAGAAGAGGCGGACCCUGUGCUCCAGGACGACAAGCAGGGCGUCGAGAGCCUCCAGGACAUUAAACUACGGGAUUGGGAGGAGCAGAUCCGAGCUGACAUCCGCCACUUCCUGUCUAUCCGCCAAGAUGAGAAGUUCUCCGGCAGGGCCGUGGCCAGGAUCUUCCAUGGCAUCGGGAGUCCACGUUAUCCUGCACAGGUUUAUGGCAGAGACAGGCGGUUCUGGAGGAAGUACAUCCACUUUGACUUCAACAAGAUCAUGCACUUGGCCACGGAAGAGAUCAUCCGCUGGAAAUGAACUGCGCUUGCGUCGGCACAUCAGUUGCUGAAGACACAUUCUCAAGAGAUAGGCGCCCGGAGCCGCAGGUUUCCCUCAGGCCUGUGAGCAGAUUGUCAAUCUGAGGAAUGGAACAGGCUGCAUGC